CCUAGGCGUUAUUCCUUAAAAUUUCCCAUACUUGUGAUUUGGCCGGUCUGACCAGACCACCAUCCAAAAGUCCCAAACGCUUCCCCUCUCUCUCUCUCUCUCUCUCUCUCUCUCUCUCUCUCUCUCUCUCUGUGAGUCUCGUCUCUGCAAGUGUUGCUCUGAUAAUUGCCGUUUGAAAACCCUAGAUUCUUUGAACCUCUAGCUCUGUUUUUGGUCCAUUGGCUUCGCUGAGCUACAAUCCACUGUCUUAUUCUUCUUCUUCUUCCUUUUCUUGAUCUCUUCACUCUUUCAACUUCUUCCUUUCUCGACCUUCUUCCCAUGGCUGACGGCAAGUUCGAUCUACCUGACGAUAUCCUCUCCUCUAAACACCCCGAUCAUUCUUGGACCGCCAAAGUUGAAAGCUCUGGAGGAAAUGCUGGAGAAAAGAUGCUUUCUGCGAGUCUUGAUGAGUCAAAAGAUUUGCUGGCCUCAGAAAGCAGCAUACCGUUGUCUCCCCAGUGGCUUUAUGCCAAACCAACUGAGUCUAAGAUGGAUAUACGUCCUUCGAGUUCGCUUGGGCACCCAACAGAAAAUAACCAAAAGGAUGGUUGGCGUUUUGAAGGGUCUGAGGACAAAACGGAUUGGAGGCGGCUCAACACUGAUGGUGAAAGUAGCCGCCGCUGGCGAGAAGAGGAAAGAGAAACUAACUUACUUGGUGGCAGAAGGGAUUGUAGGAAAGCAGAGCGCCGAGACAAUGUUUCGAUGAGGGAAACAACUGAGAAUCGAGCACUGCCUGCUACUGACCGACGGCAUGAUGGUCGUAACUCUGUUCAUGAAGCAAGACGUGAUAGCAAAUGGUCAUCAAGGUGGGGUCCUGAAGACAAAGAUACGGAAUCACGAAUUGAGAAGAGGACAGAUGUGGAGAAAGAAGAUGCUCACAACGAAAACCAGACUUUUGUAGGUAGCAAUCGGUCUGUUUCUGAACGUGACUCAGACUCAAGAGAUAAGUGGAGACCACGCCAUAGAAUGGAGGUUCACCCUAGUGGGUCAGCCACAUAUCGUGCUGCCCCUGGAUUUGGAGUUGAAAGAGGAAGGACAGAGUGUUCAUAUUCAGGAUUUACCCUUGGACGGGGAAGGGGAAAUGUUAUUGGGAGAUCAUCUUCUUUGGGCCCAACUAAUGCUAUUUUUCCUGACAAAAAUGAGAGUGUUCCUGGAAAGCCAAGGUACUCAUCUGAUAAUUUUUCCUAUCCAAGGGGUAAGCUUCUUGACCUUUACCGUCUGAAGAAGCUUGAUCCAUCUUUUGCUACAAUGUCAAAUGAGAUGGGGAAUUUACCACCUGUAACUCAAGUAGACUUGGCUGAACCGUUGGCUUUUGUUGCCCCUGAUGCUUCAGAGGAGGCCAUCCUUGACAGCAUAUGGAAAGGAAAAAUUACAAGUAACGGUGUGGUUUAUAAUUUAUAUCAAAAGGGGAGAUCAGCUGAAAAUGUAGCAGGUAUUGGUGAAUCUGUUGAUGAAGUUUUGGAUGUUCUUCCAUCAACCCUCAUGGAGGAGACCAACGACACCUUGUUGGAUGGUACUUUGGGGGAUGGGGAUUAUGAUGCACAAAGGAAAAUGGUAGAUGGAAAAGAUGUUAAUCAUAGGGAAAAGGAAGAUAAAUUCACAUCAGCCAAUGCUACUGAUGGCUCGAUCUCAGCAGUUUCUGAAAGUAAUUGUAUAUGCAGUGAUGUAGAUAGUGAUACUCCAUAUCAUAAUGUUGUUCAGCCCGAUAUUGACACAAGUUCAAAGAAUGGCAACACCACCUGGGAGGCAAAGGAGUUUGAAAAGGAUAUCCCACCUGAGGAUUUAUGCUUGUGUUACCUUGAUCCUCAAGGGGUGAUCCAGGGACCAUUUCUUGGGGUUGAUAUCAUCUCAUGGUUCGCACAAGGUUUUUUCGGAACAGACUUGCCUGUCCGCCUUGUAGAUGCUCCUGAAGGAACACCUUUUCGGGAUUUGGGUGAGAUGAUGCCACAUCUGAAAGCUUUGGAUGCGCAAGUUGAUAACUUUCAUCAAAACUCAGAGUUAGAAGAAUUCAGAGCUGUUGAAGUAAAUAUGGGGUCUACUUUACCUUCAUCUGCUCCUGUUUCCAGGAUUACUGAUUCAUCUGUUGGAAAUGAGGCAAUCCCAUCAUUAUAUGAGUUCAAUGGCCUCCCAUCUGAGUUUGAUCAGUGGAGAGUAUCUAAACCUGACAAUCCACAGCAAGUGCCACUUUUCAAGGGUCAAAGCUUUCAUGAUCUUAUCGCACAAGAUGAAGGAAACCCUCUGAACACUGGCUAUCCUACUGCUAAAUCUUCAGGGUACACCCAUGAUUCUGUCGCAAGUUCUAGCAGUCACCUGACUCUGCAGCCGGAAUUUACUGAACCUGGUUUGCGAAAUCAGACUGAAACUGAGUUGCAUCCCUUCGGUUUGUUUUGGUCUGAGCUAGAAGGUGCUCAAACGAGAAAUCCAAAAAGUACAUCUUCUAGCUUGGGCAAGACUUCUUCUGGUCACAUGGUUGAUCCAGCCAUUGCUGCUGAAGCAUGGUCUGAUGUUUACAGGAAAAAUAAGCCUUCAGAUGCAAACCUGUAUCAGGAUGCGUUGACUGCUCGCAAUUUCUCACACAUGGAAUGCGAACCCAGCCAUCUUAAUUUAGCAGCAGAUCAGUUGAUGUCGCAUCAAUUGCAGCAGCAGAAGCUCCAAGAACGGAAUAUGUUGUCUACUUUUGGACCAGUCAAUGAUUCGGUCUUAGAGCAUUUGUCUAGUCAAAAUCUUAUUCACCAUCAGCAGCAGUUGGCGAACCUUUCUGCACCAGAUCUAGAUCAUCUUAUGACACUUCAGCUGCAACAACAUCAACAGCUUCGAUUCCAGGAACAACUUAAAUUGCAACAACAGCACUAUCAACAAAAGCAAAAGCUUUUGCAGGAACAACAGCAAUCUCAUGCACAGAAGGUGCUGCUUGAACAAUUUUUGCGUGCUCAAAUGCAUGAUCCUGGUCUUGGACAGCCACAUGUUGAUCAUUUAAGAGCUAAUAAUGUUCUAGAUCAGGUUUUUGUAGAGCAGCAGCUUUUACAUCAACUGCAACAACAGUCUCACCAUGCUCCUAGGCACGUGGAUCCAUCUUUGGAGCAGCUCAUGCAAGCAAGAUUUGGUCAGACUUCGCAACAGGAUCAUCCAGGAGAUUUAUCAGAUGUACUAUCUCAUGCACAGCUCGGACAAUUUCAAUCUUUGGAACAUCAGAUACGUCAGCAUGAGCUGCUGCAAGCCAGACAGUUGUCAAUGGGACUGAGGCAGCGUUCUGGUUUGGAAGAAGAGAGGCAUAUCAAUUCUUUCUGGCCAACUGAUGAAUCCAACCAGUUGUUCAGGUCUGGUGGUCACCGAGCUGAGCCUUCUGGAUUUAAUCCAUUAGAUAUUUAUCGGCGGCAACAGAGGCCAUCGCAUCUAGAGCAGUUGAAUCACCUUGAGAGGAACCUUCCACUACAGGAGCGACUUCAACAAGGGCUUUAUGAACCUGGUUCACUGUCAUUUGAGCGGUCAAUGGCUUUGCCUCCUGGUGCUUCAGGGAUGAACCUGGAUGUUGUGAAUGCUAUGGCUCGUCGUGCUCACAGUUUGGAUAUGCAGGAGUCAAGUAAACCAUUUCUUUCCAGCGUCCCUGCCCAUGGUCCGCAUCACCCUUUUACUCCUAAUCAAUUUCAUGUUUCACGUGUGGAUGCAAUUGAAGGCCGUUGGCCUGAGAAGAAUGGGCAGUUAGAAGAUAACUUGCUUGAUUCCCGGUUUCAACAGUUUCAUAUCACUUCUCAGCAGGAAAGGAAUCCUGAAGUGAAGGUGACUUCUGAGGAUUCAUCUUUACGGAUGUCGGAUCAACUUAAUGAUGAGAAAUCAAAGCAGUUACUGAUGGAGUUGCUCAAUCGCAAGUCAGGUAAUCAGCUUUCUAAUUCAUUUGAUGUGAACAAUGCUGCACACUCUGAAAGAAUGGUGUUGAGUGGGCAGUUCCCUGGAUCAAGCUCAUCAGAUAUCCCUUUGAGUCUUCAUCCUGACCGAGAAGCUUUUUUAAAUAAUUUAUUUGGUGGUGAGAGAACAUUUAAUUCGAAUCCAUGUAAACCACCACAAGAAGAGGUGGCCAGCGAUGAAAAGCUGCUCGUUAUGUCUAAUUCCAGAGCAUCCUCAGUGAACAAAGAGCGCCUGGAGGUGCAUGGUUUGGAAAGUGAGGGUAUGAUGAAAGGUCAGGAUUUUGAGACGGAACAAAGCAUGGUUAAGCGGGGUGGCCUCGCAGCUCUUGAUGACGGCAAGAGAUCAAUGAAUAAUCUAAGCAGGCAUUCCUCCCUCGGAGUCACAGGUGGGAUUGUAGGCAUGAAAGAUAAAUUUGGACCAUGUAAUUCAUUUCUGGACGGUGUUGCAACAGAUAGGAUGUCAGCCUCGUUUAAAGGGCAAGAAAAUAUUCUGCUGAGACGCCCUCCUGUGCCACGACCACUAUCAUCCCAGGAUGCGUUGUCUGAACUAGUAUCUGAUCCGGCAUCGGGUGGACAAAAUUCUUCGAGUGGUGUGCCUGAUGGGGUUCGUGAAGAUACAGUGGAGGGUAAUCCAACGAACCCAGGUUCAGACAUUACGGCGUCUUCUUCCAAGAGAGAUGUGCGCUUUCUCCGUACUUCGUCGAGCAUUGACGCUGAUGUCUCAGAGGCAUCCUUCAGUGACAUGCUGAAGAGCAAUGGCAAGAAGACUGCUCCAACGGAUUCCAAUUCAACUGCUGGUGUUCCGAAAUCUACAGAAGGAGCGCAAGGCCGAAGUGGCAAAAAGAAGGGCAAGAAAGGGUCGCAAAAAAUCAAUCCUGCUCUUCUCGGUUUCAAAGUUUCCAACUCUACUCGCAUUAUGAUGGGUGAAAUACUACGCAUAGAUGACUAGUGCCGUUUAGUCUAGCCCUUCCUUUUUUCUUUGUUGUAUAGUCCUCGUCUCUUGAUAGGUCCUUGUUAGAGGUUUCUGGGUGUAAAUUAUCCCUAUGAAAAUUCUUUGAUUCUUUUCCCCUUGUACAUCUCAAUGGUAUAUGGUGACUAAGGGGAGUGGCAAAAUUGCCUUUAGUAUACAAUACAGAUCAAGAGUGUGCAGUGACGGGAUAUAGUUAUGUAUAGACUAGAAAAGUUAUAUAAUGAAAAUAAUAAUUGUUAGAUAGUAUUGUACAUAAGAAAAAGAAAGUUGCAGCUUAAGUGUUUCUUAUUAG